GACAUAUCCAUGCGACAAGCGCAACGUGCGCUUAUUCGGCUACAGCAGAGAGAAGUCCAGAACCAGGGCGAAGAGACCAAUACUCAUGACUCCAGUGGUGAAGAGCAACAGGAUAGUCCGCCGUCUCAGAUGGAGGCGCAGGCGAGUAACUCGGCCUUCGGCGGUCUUUCCAGCCAACGCUGGAUUCAGGACAACAUCCAUUCGGCUCUCAUUGAUAGCAUGCAACAGGGCGACGCCCAACGCAAUUCACUCUCGAUCUCCCAUCUUCACAGUCAACCCGUACAGCCAACCCUUCAGAUCCACCCUACCCAUCAAGUGCCGCACCUACGCCAAAUACACCAACCACCCGAGGCUCAACCUCAGGAUCAAACCAGUCUCAGCCACGGCAUUCAUCACCGAACUGACUAUGGUGUAUCCAGCCCAGGCCAACCGUCUGUUCCAGAGCUCGGACAGUCCAAAAUGCAGACUCAGCCUUCGAGUAACGGCCAUCCUUCAACACCGCAGGCUAUCCUAACAAACUUUAAGAUAGAAUUUACUUGCACCACAUGUGGCGCAUUGAACCAGAGCUUUUUCCCUAACCACGGGAAUGUCAUGGACGGAAGCUUUCUUCCUCAGCAUCACGGAACCAACCAGAGUACUACUACCACCGGCGGCGGUCCUUCGGGACAGUCGGUCCAGGGACACGACAGUAACAGCCGUGCUGGAGGACCCACGGGCUACGAAGGAACCAGCGCGACAGGUACACGUGGCGUACAGCCAUCUUGGACGGCAGGUACCCUGGAUCUUACACUUGCACAUCCACACUCUUAGGUUCGUGUAAAG